GCGCACAGCCGCUCCCAGGUCCCGCCGGCUGCGCGGCCCCCGCCUCCCGCUCCUGCGAGGGGCGUGCCGCGGGGUGGGGAGGGAGGGAGGAGGGGGCGGGCCGGCGCCCCGGGCUGGUGCAGUCCCCGCUCGGCUCUGGCCGCUCGCACUCCCCGCCGCCCGCCGGAGCCGCCGCCGCCGCUCGCGAUGACCGCCCCGCGGGCCCUGCUCUCCGCCGUCUUUCUCGUCGGCUUCUUGUGGGAUUUACCCUGUUUCCAGCAGGCCUCCAUCCCCUCCGCGCCGCCGCCGGGCUCCGCCAAGGGCGCCAGGAGCCGCAAGGAGGGAAAGGCGCCCCGGGCCCCCCGAGACAGCCCGGCCGCGGGCCCCGGCGCCCGCCCCCGCCAGCAGCCGCCCGAGGCCCCGCGCGUGGAGCCGCACGAGUACAUGCUGUCGCUGUACAGGACCUACUCCAUCGCCGAGAAGCUGGGGCUCAACGCCAGCUUCUUCCAGUCCUCCAAGGCUGCCAAUACUGUCACUAGCUUUGUAGACAGGGGACGAGACGAUCUCUCGGCCGCUCCUCUGCGGAGACAGAAGUAUUUGUUUGAUGUGUCGACGCUGUCGGACAAGGAGGAGCUGGUGGGCGCGGAGCUGCGGCUCUUCCGCCAGGCCCCGGAGCCGCCGCCGGGCCCGUCCCGCCUGCAGCUCUCGCCCUGCCUGUCGCCGCGGCUGCUGGCCUCGCGGCCCCUGCGCCCCGCCGCGCCCGGCGGCUGGGAGGUGCUGGACGUGCGGCAGGGCCUGCGGCGGCGGCGGCGGCCCCGGCGGCAGCUGUGCCUGGAGCUGCGCGCCACGGCGGGCCGCGGCCGGGCGCCGCUGCUGGACCUGCGCGGCCUGGGCUUCGGGCGGCGGCCGCGGGCGCCGCAGGAGACGGCACUGCUCGUGGUGUUCACGCGCGCGCCGCGCCAGAGCCUGCUGGCCGGGCUGCGCGCCGACGGGCCGGGGCCGGGGCCGGGGCCGGGGCCGCGCGGGGGCCGGCAGCGCCGCGCCGCCUUCGCCAGCCGCCACGGCAAGCGGCACGGGCGCAAGUCGCGGCUGCGCUGCAGCAAGAAGCCGCUGCACGUGAACUUCAAGGAGCUGGGCUGGGACGACUGGAUCAUCGCGCCGCUGGAGUACGAGGCGCACCACUGCGAGGGCGUGUGCGACUUCCCGCUGCGCUCGCACCUGGAGCCCACCAACCACGCCAUCAUCCAGACGCUCAUGAACUCCAUGGACCCCGGCGCCACGCCGCCCAGCUGCUGCGUGCCCACCAAGCUCACGCCCAUCAGCAUCCUCUACAUCGACGCGGGCAACAACGUGGUGUACAAGCAGUACGAGGACAUGGUGGUGGAGUCCUGCGGCUGCAGGUAGCAGCGCCCGCCCGCCCGCCGGCCCGCGGGCAAGGGCAAGGGCAAGGGCAAGGGCGCUGUGCUGCGCCCGCCCUGAGCGGGGCUGCGGGGCCGACGCCAGCCGCGGGCCUCCCGCUCCUCACGGCCACACGCGCCGCCCUGUCGCCGCCCGGCAGCUCCGCCCGGAUCCUCGCUCUGGAGGCAAAGGCGGGGUUUCCCUCCGCGGACCGAGCCGCCCGCCUUGACCCACCCCCGCGGGCGGAGGCUGCCGCGCCCCCGGGCCUGCUCUGCACCCCGCUCCCGCCUUGCAAAGGACUGGCUGGAAGAGGGAAGGGGCCGCUUCAGCAAAGCCUCCUUCAGCUCCGGGGCAACCAGCGCCGUCCGGAGGAGGCUGCGACAGCCCCGGCGGGGAGAGGAGGAUGACACCGCUGCCUUCUCCUCGUCUAGGAGCGUGCAGGAGACGCCGUGCCAGGCACCUGUUCAAACUCAGCCUCUUCUGAGGCGAAGGGGAGGCAAUCAAUAGGCACGACUCUUUUUAGGGGCUGGCAUGGAAGUGGCAAGCAGAGAAGGCAAAAUCAUAAAUAAAAGUCCCCAGAAAAGUCUUGAUUCCCAAGGCCCUCCCCCCACCCUAGAAUUAUCUGAUGAUCUAGACCCCUGGAAAGGUGAUUAACCAAAUCCAAAAAAAAAACGAACAAAAAACACAACCCCAAACAAAACAAAAAAACCCAGAUCAGAGAGAGCAAGCAGAAUGAUUCCUGCCUCUGAAGUUUCUCUGAACAGGGUUAUUUCGUUUCUGCCCUCUCUCCCUUUCACAUUCCUGCAAGAUUACCAGGCAGAAAUAGCCUAGGGCCCCCUCUUUCUACUCCCCCGCCCCACCCUUACCCCCGAAAAAGAAAAAGAAAAAAAAAAAAGAAUUGUUCCAGAUUGUAGUUAUCAGUUAGGUUAUAUUUUAAGACUUAGAACUGAAAAAAAACUGUGAAAAGAGCAAAGUGUUACAGAAAGCACAAGCAGGGGUGAUGGGGAACAGAAGCUCCUUUUCAUUUCAAGCCAAGUGUAACAAUGCAAGGAACAAAUUCCACAGGUAGCUCUCUCUAGGUAGCUCUGUCAACCUGCAACAGUAUUAUAGGCAAAUAUUGUGCUGGAAAAGGCAUUUUAUCAGAGAUUGGUUUCCUUUCCACCUUUAGUCUGCAACAUGGCUUUGCCUAAGGAAAGUGCACUUCUAAGCCUGCCUAGAACCUCUUCUUCUAUUUUAACUACUAUGUCUAUCAUUUCCGACUUUUCCCUCCACUGAAUUCUAAGCUUGUCUGCUUAUCUGGUUUCACAGAGCUACAAACUGGUGAAAACGAAAAAAAAAAAAAAAGAGAAGAAUAAUAAUAUAAAAUGCUUAUAAAAAGACUCAACCAGGAGCAAUAAUUUAAAAUGCACAUUUUCUUUGGAUGCACUGUUGUUCAUAUUAAAGUUGUAAAUAUUUGUUUAUUUAAACAGACUGAAAAGUGCAAAAUGGAAGUGAACAACAUGCAUUUCUUUUUUUAAAUGUACAAAACAUUAUAUGCACUCGAAAUGUUAUAAUUUCUAAUAUUUUUAAAGUUUAUAUUUGAGUUGUACAGAGUUAAACAUUAAUCAAAUAUUUCAUUCUUACUUAACGUUAUCAUUUCCUUAAAAUAUUAUUGCAAGAUUUAAAUUCUGUGCUAAUAACGGAGAUUUUUUUUUUACUGUCUACCUCACUAUAAUGCAAGUAUUUACAACUCUAAAGUUAUCUGAGGUAAAUUAUAUUCAGAACCUUUUUACAGUACACUUUUACUGGACGAUACCACAAUUAUUACUGUAUUAUUAAACUUCCUCCCCCCCCCCCGCCCCCCAGAGUAAUCUUGCUUUUAUAUGUUCUGUUAUUUGGUUAAAUAACAAAUUUCUCUCAAGUAAACAUUGGCUGCAAUUCUAAAAUGCUGCAGGUUAAGUUGGAACCACUUCAAGACUAAAUAUUGAAAGCCAUUCUUCCUACUUGAAAUCCUUUUGUAUGCUCAGAAACACUUUAGUUUCAUCAUUAAUAUACACUGAUGGCAUAAUUAUGAGAGAAGCUACGUCCUAAUUUGAUAUAACUGUAAUGUAACUGGGAGAAUGCAUUAAAUGGAAACAUUCAGACAAACAUUUGUAAAUAUCAUCUGUACCGGGCACAUUUAUAUACACUGUAUUAUGAUGAAAAGAAAAGGAUAAUGAAUGUUUUAUAAAUGAUAUUUAUUUUUGA